GAUGGCGACUAUGUUUUAUCCAGAAUGGCUCCAGUUUCCCAACCUCAUCUUCUCUAUAAUCCUUGCUAGUGGUCGUAGACGCUGCACUCUGCACUAGGAUUUCCCCUCCCCAUGCCCCGGAGUGCGCAUGCGUCGUUCCAUUAGCCGUGUGCUCGUGUUUUAUGCGUGUAUCGUGUGUGAGAGAGAGUGAAUUACGGUGAUAGUAGGGGGAGCCACGACCAAACAACAUGGCAUUGCAACAAUGUGGGACCUAAAUUAAACCAGUGUCGCGUGAAGGGGGGAAGAAUCCGAAACCCUCGGCCCUCUGAGUUUAUGUUUUCUUUUAACCAUUAGAUGGUAUCGAGCGAGCCGACUCUGGCAGUGGAGGACAACUACUUCUCGAAUAAUAUGAAGGAGAUGAUUGGAGGCUGCUGCGUUUGCUCAGACGAGAGAGGCUGGGCUGAAAAUCCACUGGUUUACUGUGACGGGCAUGGCUGUAAUGUCGCUGUUCACCAAGCAUGUUAUGGCAUUGUACAAGUCCCUACAGGACCCUGGUUUUGUAGAAAAUGUGAAUCUCAGGAGAGAGCAGCUAGGGUGAUAAAAGGUUGGAAAGGACGAAAACCAGUUCCACAAACCGCAGAUGGAGGAGGAAGAUCUGCAACCCACCCAAAUGAUGCUGAAGAAGAGGGACUUGCCAAAAGUUUAAAAACUAUGAAUACAUGGAGAUGUGAACUGUGUCCGCAUAAGGAUGGAGCUCUCAAGAGGACUGAUAAUGGAGGUUGGGCACAUGUGGUUUGUGCAUUGUACAUUCCAGAAGUGGAGUUUGCAAACGUUUCCACAAUGGAGCCUAUUGUGUUGCAGUCUGUUCCCCAUGACCGAUACAACAAGACUUGCUACAUCUGUGAAGAACAAGGUAGAGAGAGUAAAGCUGCUACUGGAGCUUGCAUGACUUGCAACAAACAUGGUUGUAGGCAGGCUUUCCACGUAACAUGUGCACAGUUUGCUGGACUGCUUUGUGAGGAAGAGGGGUCAGAUGCAGAUAAUGUGAAAUACUGUGGAUAUUGUAAAAACCAUUACAGCAAACUGAGAAGGAGCAAACGCGGCUCUAGUAGUGCAUAUGAUCAAAGCUUAAGUGAUUCUUCAUCACACUCUUUGGAUAAACAUCAUGACAAGGAUAAAAAGAAACAUAAAGAAAGAGACAAGCACAAACCAAAACAUAAGAAAUCUGCACCCGGUCUUGUUCCUCCUGCACCUGCACUUGUUCAUUCUUUGACAGUAACGACGGAGAAGAGUUACACAAGCACAAGUGGUGGUGGCAGCUCCAUGCCUGGUUCCCUGAAGCGACUGGAGGAGACCACAGCUCGGUUUACAAAUGCAAAUUUCCAGGAAGUCCCUGCACACCCGACCAGUGGAAAAGAUGGCAGUGCAGAGGUCAAAGUGGGGGGAGAGGGCAAAGGAAAAAAAGCUUUAGGUCACAGCACCGGCCAAAAGGGAAGGAAGCCUGGUGCUGGAAGAACUCCAGUUGGCGUCACAGUCACAGCAGCAACCUCCACUAGCCCUUUCCAGCAAGGUGCAGGCAGCCAUUUGGGGACUGCUGGCAGUGCAAAAACCUCUUCUGGCAGCUCAGUCCAAUCUCCCCAGGAAUUUCUGAGCUUCACAGAAUCUGAUCUGCGAAAUGACAACUACACACAUUCACAGCAGUCGUCAUACACAAGAGGCCUAUCUAAAGGAGAUGCAGCGGGUCUGGAAGGGGGUCUAAACACUUUUAGUUCUUUAAUGGCCCUCCCAUCCGCCUCCUCUGGGGCUGCUCAGGCUAAAAACUAUGAGAACUCUCACAGAGACUUCAGCAGCUCGGCCAGCCAGGCUUCAGCAGGAUAUAAGCGAUCCCAGCCCACCUCGGGCAGCGUGGAGGAAGACAACGUGAAGGGAAAGAAGCGCAAGGGAAAUAGAAGCAAAUACGGAGCUGGAAGGUCCAGAGGAAAUAAGGCUCAGGAGGCCGUUUCUUCUGCUUCGCCAGCCUCUUCUGUGGCAUCAGCUGCAGGCAGCGUGAAUGGCGUCAACUAUAACAAUAAUGGCAGCAAUAAUAUUAGCAUCGUCCAGAAAUCUCCAACAUUGCUCAGGAAUGGAAGUUUUCACAAUGUGAGCGUUAGCUCAUCUCCUGCUGGAACAGGUCCUUUUGCUGGUAAUGACACUCCAGUAUCCUUGCCAAAUGCCGUACUGGGCUCACACUGCAGCACCCCUAUCCCCAGCUCCCAGUUACCUCAGCAGUCUGCUGUCCAUUUGCAGCACACGGUUCCAUCUCUGCCACCACAUACUACUGCCUCCGUUCCAAACUUGGUGUGUGCAACUCAGACCAAUGCAUUACCUGGAUCUUCAUUAAACCUCGCUCCAUCUCACAUGUUUGGAAACCGCCUAAAUCCAAACUCGGCAAUGGCAGCACUAAUAGCUCAGUCUGAGAACAAUCCAUCAGAUCAAGAACUAGGAGACAAUAGUCGUAACCUUGCUGGCAGGGGCAGCUCGCCAAGAGGAAGUAUCUCUCCACGCUCCCCAGUAAGUGGCUCACAGAUCCGCUAUGAUCAGUCAAGCAGCAGUGGCUUUGAGAAUCUGCCCCCAGUUGCAACUAGCAUCGAGCAAUUGUUAGAGAGACAAUGUAGUGAAGGACAGCGAUUUCUACUUGAACAAGGUGCUCCUGCAGAUAUCUUGGGAAUGCUGAAAUCUCUUCAUCAGCUUCAGAUGGAGAACCGUCGCUUGGAAGAGCAGAUUAGAAUUCUGACAGCAAAGAAAGAGCGCCUGCAGCUCCUGAGUGCACAGCUCUCUGUUCCUUUCCCCAGCAGCGCGCCCAACCCCAGCGCCUCUUCUCAGUUGCAGGUCUUUGCUGCACAGCCUGAUCUAUUGAACACAAACACGAGCCCACAUCUAAGCAACAGAUUUUUACCUGACAAUUCUCUUUCUUUACCAGCUCAGGAUGUGACCUCCAGUGGACAGAGCACCAGCAGUUCGUCAACACUAUCUACCCCACCCCCUGCUGGGCAGAGUCCUCCCCAGCAAGGGUCAGGGGUCGCUGGAGUUCAGCAGGUCAACAGUGUGACAGUGGGGGCACUGGCCAGUGGUAUGCAAACUAUGACCUCUACAAUUCCAGCAAUGCAGGGAGUGAGUGGAUUGAUGGGGUCUAUGCAUGGAAACCAACUGGCGAUCAAUGGGAUAGUAGGGGCUUUAAGUGGAGUAAUCCAGACCCCUGCAUCAGUAGCACAGAACCACAGCCCCCUCUCCCACACAGCUGUGCCCCCCAAUGUGUCUCUCUCACUGCCUACCACUCUUAACAGUACUGCCCCAGCUAAAUCUAGUACUCCUGGACUGGGUAUACUCUCUGGCCAGCAGAGACAGCUCUUACUUCACCAACAGCAGCUUCAGCAGCUACUCUCAUCCCAGCAGCCUACUCCGGAGCAGCAACAGGCUCUUCUGUAUCAGUUAAUGCAUCAGCAGCAUCAGCACCACCAGCAGCAAGAACUGCAACAGCUUCAGCUCUCAGCAGCUGCACAGAUUCCUAUGAACAGCCUGCUGACAAGUACCCAGGCUCCCACACAACACAGCAUCAGUACCAACCCUUUCCUGGCCAUGCAUGGGGACCCUUCUGUGCAAAAAGUUACAGUUUUGGCAACACAGCAGAUGACGGUCAAGACAAAGGAGUUGGAUUCCCGUUUGAGAAGAGCCCUCGUAGCAAACUACAACAAAGGAAAUGGCUACAGAGCAGUAAAGAAAUACGGAAUACCAAAAUCCACAAUCGAGCAUUAAUCAAAAAGUACCACAGAACAAAUUCAGCUGAAACGCUUGAAAGAAGUGGGCGUACAAAGAAAAUUACAGGUACAGCAAGUAGCAGAAUUGUCCAAGCAGCUAAAAAAAAUCCAAGAACAGCAGCCAAGGACUUAAAGAAAGAUUUGGAAGCAUCUGGCAUAAUAGUGCAUGAAAGAACUGUACAAAGGCACCUGAACACAGAAGAGUUGUGUACACGUAGACCUCACUGCAAACCACUUAAAAAUAAUUUAUAAAACAAACCAACUAAAAUUUGCAGAGUUAGGAACAGGAAUCUAAUGCAUUCUUCAGCAGAAUUCUCUGGUCCGAUGAGACAAAUAACCCCCCCUCCUCCCCCCAAAAUGGACCACAGUAUGUUAGGGAAAGCCUUCAAUGAAGAAGAACUUGUACCUACAGUCAAACAUGGAGGUGGUUCGAUCAUGAUAUGGGGGUGUUUUAGCAGUUCAGGGACUGGAGACAUUCAUGUGAUUUGAGUGUCGAAUGAAUGCAACUAUGUAUGAAAACAUUCUACAAAGUACAAAGAAAAAGGAGGACACACAAAAUACUAAAGCAGGGGUGCCAAUACUUUUGUCAUGAGCAAAUACUUAUAAUGAAAUAUGUUUUUUGUUAAAGAUUAUUUGUUAGUGCUAGGAAUCAUAUUUUGCAUUUUAUUUUAUUAAAAAUGGGUUAGUUUACUAAAUCCUUGUAUUUAAUAAGCAUAGGGUGUGACUGUGUAUAUAUAAAAAUAUGUAAUGUAUAAUUCUUGAAAAUAAGUCAUUUUUACUGGACAUUUAGCAAAAAAAAAAAGUUUAGGAUCCCUAAAUUGUAACAUGGAAUAUAAAAACAAAGUAUUAAUGAAUAACAAUGAUUAAAUGCAUUUCCCAGGAAAGUAACUACAAAACUGUAAAGUUGUAGCUUCUUAUGAAAACUACCCACUGUAUGUGUGUGUAUGUAUAUCUGUGUGUGUGUGUAUAUAUAGAGAGAGAGAGAGCACUGUGUACAGAGCUAGACGAGCCUUGGAUAAAACAAAUCUUUGAAAGGUUUGAAUUGCACAGUUUGUACCUCGUUUUUGUAAAUAUAUGUUGUAUGUGAUUCUUCUUGGAUGUUGUGAAGAAUUCUUAAAAUAACCUCAAGAUUUGCUUUGUAAUAUUUGUACCACACACAGUUGUCUAGUGAUUAGAGACAAAGUAUUAAUUUAUUUUUAUAUAUGCAGGGGAAUUUUAGUCUCAGCACCAUUUUCUAGAAACACAAAUGCAGUUAGUUAGUUUAUUUUGUAUUCAUUUUGCCCCGCAAAUUUCUGUUAUCAAUCUUUAUACAAAAUGUAAUUUAAAAAAAUCUUGUUAUUUCACAAUAGUUGUACAAAAAAAAAUGUUAUCUUUGUAUAAAAUUCUCUUUUUAAACAAGUUUGUAGAGGCAGCUUUUGCUGAUUUGUUAAAUCCUGAUUUUUUUUUUGUGUACAGCCUAAGGAAAUGUUUCUUGGGAUAAAUUAAAAAAAAAAAAAUACUUCUGUUUGUUUUAGUUCUCAGUCUUGUGCUUAAUCAUCUGUAUAACUACAAACAUGUCUACCUCUACCCUUGCGCUGUAACUAAUUGAGAUUCUGCAUAUCGUACUGGGGGGGGGGGGGGGGAUGGUGCUGAUGCGUACACACUUGAGGAAAUGUUUUAAAGUAUUGUAAUAUGUUGUGAUCCUGUGUUAGUAUAUCUGAAUGUGCUAUGUGUAGCAAUGUGUGGCUCUCAAAUCAAAACAUUAAGAUUUGAAUUAUGCUUUGAUACAAUGUGGUCAAAUUCAGGAAGUACAAAGGUACCUAAUUUCUGCAUGACACAUCAGCCACAAUAGUUAACAGUUUACAAAAACUCACAUAACUAUUUUUGAAAGCAAGCAUGUUGCAACAGUUAGGUUUACUGCAAUAGAACAUCGUCCCAGAACAUUACAGCCGACUAGAAGUUGAAUUCUGCCCAGAAUUGCAUAACCCAGCAUGUUGCCUCUGAUUUCUCAUUGGUUCAUGUUCCUACUACCCAAUUAAGGCUGGAUGAGGUCCUGGAAAGUACCUGAUGGGUAUUUAGUAAUUCUCAGGCUAAGCUAGUAGCAGAAUCCAGUAUCUCUUCAGUAAUAAAGUAUCACAUCCCAACAGCAUGAGCAGAGUAGCAAAAAUAUGGCAACACAUUAUUGGGAUUCAAUGCAGUUUAUUUGCUUUGUUUUAACUUUUGGAGAAGUUAAUAAAUAUCUGUACUUCUCCUGUACUCACCCCUCAAGUUUAUGUAAAUGCUUUUCUCAAAAGUGUGAAUUCAGGAUUAUGACUUCUGAACAGGAAAGGGUAUAUUCAGAAUCCAAAAGACUUAACAUUAAACCAAAAACCUGGCGCUGCUGUAAUUUCAAGAAAAAAAAUUGGGGGCAGGGAGUGCUGAUGUUUUGUGGCUGUAUGUUGUACUUGGAAGAUCAUGAAAGCAUAGUUAAAAAAGUGAUAUUGGCUAUAUUUAUAACAAAAGCAGGAAGCACACUAUGAUAGGAGUAAUAUUUAUUAUUUGACCCUGUUCUUUUUUGAUUUGACAUGGGUUUACAACAAACUUCUACAUGCCGCACCAGUGGUGUCAUUUAAUGGUAAUUAAGGAGGGUCUAUGUUAAUAUUUCUGAUCUCAUGCAUCAAAGGCACCAAACUAUAAAUUAAAUGUGCAUUGCAUUUAAAAGGGUGUGUAUAGUGACUUUGUAAGGCACUAUCAAUAGCUUCACUGUAUGAACUUCAUGAACUGUAUGAACAUGUUCUUUGGGUGUCAAAAGUCAUUGUAAACAGCCAUUCUCUGUUUGGAGAUCUACCAGCGCUGAGCCCAAGAAAGGAUUGUGAUGCAUACUUGUCAUCUGAAGGGAAAAAGUCACCCAAGGGAAAAAGAAAAUUGGUUGAUCUAGUUUUAUUUCUUGGUUUUGUUUUUUUUAAGAUGUAGUUUUACAGUAAAAUGUAUGCUUAAAACUGAUGCUAUGUCAUGUUCAUGAAAGCCUGUAUUCUUAUUUUGUAAGAGACUGCUGUGAAAGUGUGAUAAGUUCAGCAUGAAAUUAAGUAACAAUUCAGGGAACCAAUAAAAGAGAUUUUUCUUUCUCAUGUAAACCUA